GUGAGUGGUUUAAAAAUAUGGAAGAAAAACUAAUCGAGGCCGUGCGAAAUCGACAAGUUUUAUACGAUACAAGUCAUGUAGAACUACAUGAGGACAAAACUGAAAACUGAAAAGUGGGAAGAAAUCGCUAAAGAAGUCGAUAUGAAAACUGGAACUGAAGCAAAGGCGUUGUGGGAGAAACUAAGACAUUCAUUGAGGGAUGCGAUUAGGAGGCAACAGAAAUAUUUAAAAAGUGGAUCACCGGCGGAAGUUAUCAAGGAGUGGAAGAUUCAGAAACAGAUGGGAUUCCUACAGCCUUACAUGGCUAAUAAAUCGAGAGAAGGAAACCUCCGAGAAGACGGUGAAAAUCAAAACCUAAUUCAAGAUUCGGAACAAGAUAUAAUAUCUGCAGAUGUAGACAAUGCAAAUAUAGAAGUAAACACUCAACAGCAAGACGAAAGCGUAGAGGAUGAAAUCCAACCACAGAUACUUCCAGAAACGUUUCCUUUGACGUCAACUACAACUCCGAUAUCAAAUGCAACCCCGAAAUUAGCUAAAAAAUGUAAGAAAAAUAAUGUUGCCGCUAUGAUGAAAUACAGUAUGGAAAAACGUGAGGAAAGAUCUAAAGCAAAACGGAAGAGAGACAUAAUGUGUUCCAAGAAUUAAAAUCUGCACAAAAUGAUCUGCUGUUUCACUUUUUUUAUGUCAAUGUACCAAUCUACCAAAAGAAUGCCACCCUCAUAUUAGCACAUUGUUAAACACCGUGUGUUUAACGCAGUUUCAGACGUAGAGGUCAAGUUAUUGGACAUUCCUAUGUAUGCUGUCCCUCAGCAGCCUAGUCCUGUCCACCAGCAGCCCAGUUCUAUCCAGCAGCUGCCCUACCAUCAGGCCCUAUACCCUGCUGCCGCAACCGCUCAAUCCUGCAACAGCAGUUCAACACCAACCGAUUUCUAUUCGGAUAUUUCCCUCUUAAGCCCCGCUGAUAUUCAUGGGGAACAAGACAACUACU